AACGCCACGGGUAGAUUGCUUCUUGGCCCGGGUGCUAUGUUGUUUUCGUGCAACGGAAUUUGUGAACAAUAGUUUUUAUCGCGUAUUAAUUGUGUGCUGACGGCCCCUUGGGUGGCGAGGACGAGGGAAGACUAGAGUGACCGAACCGGGUACCGCUGCAUGCCCAGCGUAGUUUCGAUGGAGAUUCAUACCGAGAGCAGCGGUAUCGAUUCCUCGCCGGACAUGAAUUCCAGCGUCGAGCUCAACCCAUCGCCCGUCCGGUCGGUGGUGAUGCCCCGGAAGUUGACGUUCUGCGAAACGUCCCCGGAAGUGGCCGAACCGCAGGCACCGACCACGAAGCAGCCGUCGAUGUCGCCUCCCUACCGGAAGGUGCGAGCGCUGCGGCUUUUCGACACACCGGCCACACCGAAAACCAUCAUCCAGAAGUCGACCACCAACAAUAUGUUCACUCGGACGGAAUUCGGCCGGCCAAAGAAGGGCUCGGCCUUGGUGGAACGCUACGAUGUGCUGGCCAAACCGAUGGAUGCCGAAAUGGCGUUGAUUGCCACGGAGAAGCCGCGAUCCGUGCCGCUGCACCGGCACUACGAUGCGGGACUGCCGGCCAACGUGAAUCCGUUCACACCGCCGGCGAUGUUUAUGCGCACGAAGAAGCGCACCCGCCAGGAGGGUGCGGCAGGGCCGCUGGAAGGGGGCGACAGUUGCCAGACGGUCGGAACCAAACUCACGCUGAACCAAAGCUUUCCGACCAUUUUUCCGUGCAACCGGAUCAACAGCAAAAGCCAAAGCCGCUGGUCGUACGGUGGCGCAGCGUUGACACCUUUCGCCGGCCGACAACGGCCCGCCAAUGACUCAACCAACCACACACUGAAGGCGUUCAAUUUGGUCGAGGACGAGUGCGGCGAGUUCCGUCAGGCCCCGAAACGGCUUGCGCUGCAGGACUCGAACAUUACGCGCUACGAGAAGGAAUUCAUUCAACUGUCGUUGCUGGGUGAGGGUGAGUUCGGGCACGUGUACCAGUGUUUGAACCGGCUCGAUGGGUGUAUUUACGCGAUCAAGAAGAGCAUCCGGCCGGUGGCGGGCAGCGCUUUCGAGAAGACGGCCCUGAACGAAGUGUAUGCCCACGCCGUUCUCGGUAAGCACGAUAAUGUGGUUCGCUACUACUCGGCCUGGGCCGAAAACAACCACAUGCUGAUCCAGAACGAGUACUGCAACGGGGGAAGCCUGCAGACGGUGCUGCAGGAGCGUUGCCUGAACGAGUCGGAACUGCGCACGCUGCUGCUGCACAUCGCCGAAGGCCUGAAGUACAUCCACUCGAACGAGCUGGUGCACAUGGACCUGAAGGCGGGCAACAUCUUCCUCUCGAAGACACCACUCCGGGCGGCGGGCGGUGCUAUCGGCAGCUACACAUCCUCGGUCACCGACUACGCCGACGAUGGGUUCGAGGAUGUGUACGAUGAUCUAGAGAACGAGUUCCUAGUUACGUACAAGAUCGGCGAUCUGGGCCACGUGACGUCGAUGAAUGAUCCGCUGGUGGAGGAGGGCGAUUGCCGCUACAUGGCGAGAGAGAUUCUUCACGAGGACAGCUCAAACCUUGCCAAGGCGGAUAUCUUCUCGCUCGGCAUCACGCUGUACGAGGCGGGCGGUGGCGGUCCACUGCCGAAGAACGGCACCGGCUGGCACCAGCUGCGGAACGGCCAGUUCCCCGAUUUGCCAGGCAUCGGGCGCGAAUUCAACGAUCUCAUCAAGAAGAUGAUGCACCCGAACCCGGAAAAGCGGCCCUCGUCGACGACGAUCUUCAACCAUCCGGUUCUUUCACCGAUUGACUCCAAAACCAAGGCCCAGCUGAAUCUCGAGCUAAGCAUGGAGCGGCAGAAGAACGAGGUGUUGCUGAGAAAAUUGAAGGAACAGGCCAAGCUGAUUAAAUCGUUCGAACAAUCAAACUCCACCACUGCAUCGAUCCGCAAGUCGCGUGGCCAGGCACCGCUGCACGAGUUAAAUACCUCGGAUCGGAAGCUGCGAUCGUAUUCGCGCAAGAAGCGCUCAACCAAUCUGUUGUCCGGGCGCCGGGGUAUCCGUGACAACAAUAAAUCAAAGGACUACUAGUGGGGUGUUCCGCUCGAUUUCGUUUCCCACGUCACAAGUUUGUCAGCUAGUUCCUACGCCCUUCUACAACUGCAACCUGAUAAUAGUGAUGAUUUCUCUCCUCGUUCCGUGCCUUACUCACCUCUCUGUCUCAUGUGCGGCUCAUCUACGGCGGUGCUACCGGAGCCAGUGGAGCUAUUUCAAACAAACAAGUCAACAUCGCACUUCGAGGUGUGUGUGCCAUUGACCAAAAGCCAAACCAAACCGCGGAAAGCGAUGCGUGAGAGGGUAUCACCGAUCCAGCAACAGAGAGACUCCAUGUUCAUUCUCUUGUGAUUCCAAAGUAUAACCAAAACCGACCAAAAAGAAAUGAUAGAAAUGCUUCAAUGAAUAGCGUCUUUCGAGUUGCGCAACCGAAUGACGGCGGCCGGGAAGACCACCGGUACUGAAGAACACGUGAAGCAGCCGAGUGGACGCUACGAAACGCACUUGCCCCACCCGCCAGGAACAACGAGGGAAUCGAAACAACGAUGUAAACGACGCACAGAGAGUUUUCACGUAAUACGGCAGAAAAUCGUUCUAAUUUAACGCCACUUUGUUUCCUAUCAAAUUAGUUUUCGUUUUUAAUUGUCUCUGUUUUGUGUACUAAUUUAUUACUAUUUUGGUGUAUAGAUUUUCUCCGGUUCGCGUCUUAUCCAUCAUGUUAUUGUGUCGGUUGCAACAAUGCAUAACUUUCUUCUCUAAAGCUCUUUAUAAUUAUUUUAAUCUUUCUUUAUUCGUACGAGGCGUUGUGGAAAUUGAGGGAAUAGGGAUUUUUUCAUAUCGACAAUUUUUGAGUUAAUUACAUUUCUUUUUUAAGCGCUAUAAUGAACCGCACCGCGUGCAUUGUGUCGUUUCGCCCCCUUAAAAGACGGACAACAACGUAAUUUGAGUUAGAAAAGUGAAUUGAAUUCGUGUUCCUGCGUUAUUACGGCUAUAUUUAUUAUUGUACGUGUUACGCGCGUUAAAUUCGUUUCAAGAGGAUUCCAAUUAUUUGCCUACACUGAAGUAGGGGCGUAUUCCAGUUAGGAUUCUUUUAUGGAUAAUGAUAAUCUCAAAAUUAAUUGAUAACAGGACUUGGAUUUGUUUUUUUGUGAACGUGUAACAACAUCGGGGCGACGGUGCGCUUGAAAGUAUGCCGGAAAUCGGAGCAGCUAGGAGAGUAGGAAACAACCAAAUUAAAAGCAAAAAGCGUUAGAAAGUAAGUAAAAUCUUGAAACAGAGAGGUGGCGAUUCCAAAACGAAAAAUAACAGUUACGGAUGAACAGAACGCAUCCGGGCGAUUUGGUGAAUUUGUGAUGAAAACGAAGGGCGUUAACGACAGUGGACGAAGAUAAGGAGAAAAGUGUUUAAGCCUUCGAAAGAGAGAAGAAAAUAGGCAACGAUUGCGUCGCGUAAGGCUGUAAACUUGUCGUUGAUGAAACCAACAGAACUAAGAGAAAAAUAUGCGCCUCCCGGGCGAACCCAAUUGUGAAAGCAUGUAGUGUUUAAUGGUAGCAUAGAGCGAAAUAGAUCAUCGGAAUCGGUAGCUCAGUGUUAAGUGCUCUUUACUUCGUACGCAUACAUUGUUAAGUUCUACUUUUUCCCAUAUUUUUUACUCAACUAUUAUCUGAGAUAAGUACUCGAAAAGGAUACAGGUUAUAGAAUUCAGAAAGAAAAGAAGCACAUCUCAUGAAUUGCGGAGCGAUUAGGGUGGAAAAGCUAAUGGUUUAAGUUAGCGGGAAAAACUGAGCGGGUGAUUCACCCAUGCGGAAAUAGAGAUAUCCAGAAUAGACACAAUCGGUGCAUAUAAUCGGAUUGUGGCGAUACCGUGGCUUAACGAUAAAACCCCGCGUAUAAUGAGAACGAAAGGAAAUUUUGUGAUUUUAACCAUUAAGCCAAACGACAUCGAUGUGUCACGCAACGUCACGUCACACGCUCUUCUUCUUCCCCGAGCCGCUCCGGGUUGACGGUUGGGCUUGUUAAAGGGAGAGUACCGCCUCCUGGCAUUCCGGCGCGCGGUGCGGCCUGGGUAACAACAAGAGCAACACAUCCACUGGGCACACCACUCUAUUGACGAACAAAUGGUCCGCAGAAUGAAACGCUAGUGAUAGAUAGGUUAUAUGGAGGUUACUGGCAGCAUGCAUUGGCUGGUGGUGUAAGAAUUGAGCAUAUUUAACGCCACUAUAUCCUACUGACAUGGCCAUAUUAGUUUUCUUCCAAAAGUUUCUAUAUAUUUUUCUUUUUCUUUAAAUAGAAUAGCAAGUUCAGUAAUAAAUACGAGUAUACUUCUUCCACUAACCACGCCAUCCUAAUGCGUAUCAUUAGGUGCUUUCUCAUAGAUAUUUUUCUUUGCUAGCCUUUAUACUCACACAUUCACCUAUCAAGCACGCCACUCACUGAUGCUCUAAACUCUUUCCCCAUCUCGCCCCAUCUUUCCCUGGGACGGAAGGUAGUUAAGUUAUCUCUGUAUGUUAUCCAAAUGUAAGCAAGAAAAAUGUAUACAAUUU